AUGUUACUCCACAAGCGCAUACUGAACUGCACUCCAUCUUUUACCCCUUGUAUGUUCAUCUCUAUCCUGCUGGUUCUGCUACCGGGAGUCACUCAUCUCUCUCUGGGCAGCGCCAGCCAUGAAGAUGCUGGCAGCACACCACGCAACUGCUCCAGUGAAGAUAACUGCUCUGAUGGCGUGGUGCUGCCCAUGUGGAAUCCCCAAAACCCUGCAGUGGGUGACAAGGUGGCACGCGCCAUUGUUUACUUUGCAGCUCUGAUAUACAUGUUCCUGGGCAUGUCCAUCAUCGCAGACCGCUUCAUGUCUUCCAUCGAGGUCAUCACCUCUCAGGAAAAGGAGAUCACCAUUAAGAAGCCCAACGGUGAGACCACCACGACUACUGUACGCAUCUGGAACGAAACGGUGUCUAAUCUGACCCUGAUGGCACUUGGAUCAUCAGCACCAGAGAUCUUACUGUCUGUCAUUGAAGUGAUCGGCCAUAAUUUCGAGGCUGGGUCUCUGGGACCCAGCACCAUUGUGGGCAGCGCUGCGUUCAACAUGUUCAUUAUCAUCGCUAUAUGUGUCUAUGUGGUGCCGGAGAAUGAAACCCGCAAGAUAAAGCACCUGCGGGUGUUUUUUGUCACUGCAGCCUGGAGCAUUUUUGCCUACAUCUGGCUGUAUCUCAUCCUGUCUGUGUCCUCCCCUGGAGAGGUGGAACUUUGGGAGGCAGUCCUCACCUUUCUCUUCUUUCCUCUCUGUGUGCUGCAAGCCUGGAUUGCAGACCGACGCCUGCUCUUCUACAAGUACGUCCAUAAGCGUUAUCGAGCUGACAAGACCCGCGGCAUUAUCAUUGAGUCAGAGGGAGAUGCAAUGUUUACCAAGAUGGACUUGGAGAUGGACGGCCAGGGUGUAAACUCCCACACUCAUCCCAAAGAGGCACUGGACGGGAUGCUGGAAGGGGUGGAGGAAGGUGGAGGGAUGAGUGCCGAGCAAGACCAAGAGGAAGAGGCCCGUCGGGAUAUGGCUCGCACUCUGAAAGAUUUAAAACAGAGGCACCCAGAUAAGGACAUGGAGCAGCUGAUUGAGAUGGCCAACUACCAAGUGCUGGUCCAGCAACAGAAGAGCCGGGCCUUCUACCGCAUUCAAGCCACACGCAUGAUGAUCGGAGCUGGGAACAUCCUAAAAAAGCAUGCCGCUGACCAGGCUAGGAAGGUGGUGAGCUGUCAUGAGGCCAGUGGACAGGAGGAGGAUCCCAACACCAUCUACCUGCAGUUUGAACCCUCUCACUACCAGUGUUUUGAGAACUGUGGCUCCUUAAAGCUGUCGGUGAGCAGGCAUGGAGGAGAAAGUGGCUGCACUGUGAAGGUAGACUACCGUACAGAAGAUGGAACUGCCAAUGCUGGCUCAGACUAUGAGUUUGCUGAGGGCACUUUGGUCUUCAAGCCUGGUGAGACCACAAAAGAAUUCACCGUUGGCGUUAUUGAUGAUGACAUUUUUGAAGAGGAUGAGCAUUUCUAUGUGCGCCUCAGUAACCCACGUAUAGUGCACCGAGCUGAGGUCUCCCUCCUGGAACCAAGUUCUAUCACCUCCAGCAACAGCACAGUGGGCCACAUCCCCCCAAAGGCAGCCCUGGGUAGCGCUCACACCGCCACGGUUACCAUCUACGAUGACGACCACGCUGGCAUUUUCACGUUUGAGAAUAACUCCAUGAGGGUCAGUGAGAGCGUCGGAAACAUGCAGGUGAAGGUUCAUCGGACGUCCGGGGCGAGGGGGAAGGUGGCGGUGCCUUACCACACCGUCGAGGGCACUGCCAAGGCCGGAGAGGACUACGAGGAGGUGUCAGGAAAGCUGGAAUUUCAGAACGAUGAGACCAUGAAGCUGUUAAAUGUGAAGGUCAUCGAUGAUGAGGAGUACGAGAAGAACAAGAUUUUCACAAUUGUGCUGGAGGAGCCAGUUCUGCUGGAGGUGGGACAGAGACACGGAGACACCAAUGAUAACAAGACAGCGGUGGGACCUGAAGACGUGUCAAAGAUGGGCUGUCCCUGUCUGGGAGAGCAUACCAAGCUGGAGGUGGUCAUCGAGGAGUCCUAUGAGUUCAAGAGCACCGUGGACAAGCUGAUCAAAAAGACAAACCUGGCUCUGGUGGUGGGGAGCAGCAGCUGGAGAGAGCAGUUUGUCAGUGCCGUCACUGUCAGCGCAGGUGAUGAUGAUGAGGAAGAGAGCGGCGAAGAACGCUUGCCGUCCUGCUUUGAUUACAUCAUGCACUUCCUGACGGUUUUCUGGAAAGUCCUCUUUGCUUUUGUCCCACCCACUGAGUACUGGAACGGCUGGGCCUGCUUCUUUGUGUCCAUUUCCCUCAUCGGCGUUCUGACAGCCGUGACCGGAGACCUGGCCUCUCAUUUCGGCUGCACCAUCGGACUCAAAGACUCGGUCACCGCCGUGGUGUUCGUGGCCCUCGGCACCUCUGUUCCAGACACAUUUGCGAGCAAAGUGGCCGCCAUCCAGGACCAAUACGCUGACGCUUCCAUCGGGAACGUGACAGGCAGCAACGCGGUGAACGUGUUCCUGGGAAUCGGUGUGGCGUGGACCAUCGCAGCUGUUUACUGGAAGAGCAAGAAUAAGGUGUUCAGGGUGAACCCGGGCUCCCUGGCCUUCUCCGUCACCCUCUUCACCGUCAUGGCGCUGGUGUGCGUGCUGGUGCUGCUCUACCGCCGGCGUCCAAGCGUGUCGGGCGGAGAGCUCGGGGGCCCACGGACAGCCAAGCUCCUCACCUUGUUCCUCUUCAUCUCCAUCUGGUUCAUCUACAUCCUAUUGUCCUCCUUGGAGACCUACUGCCACAUACCUGGCUUCUGAGACAGAGGGAAACACAGACACAGCUCCUCUCCUUGUUUUUACAGUCUAC